CGCUAUUUGUCUCCUCCUUUAGAUGGGAGCGCCACUUUUUCCACGCAGCCUUCUCGGAGAGGGCUAUAGGGCCGAGGCUCCCGCGCCCUUGCCCCCACCCCUCCCCGCCACCUCAUUUUCUCCGGCCGAGUCCUUUCCGGCUCCCUGGUACCUAGCCCCUCCCACCUGGCCACCUAAAGUCCGUCUGGGCUCCUGCUGCCCUGGAGCUACCGUGUCGAGGGAGGCAGCGGCUACGUAAUAUCCAGGGCUUCUGGCUGAGGCCUCCCUGCAGCUAGAUUGUAGCCCUCCCGAGGCUACUAACGACGUCUUCCGAAGCCAGACGCCCUCUAGCCCGAGGCUACAUAGUAACCUCCGAAGAGCGAAUGUGUGAGGGAGUGUGUGCGUGUAAGAGUGUGUGAGACAGUUGUGUGUGUGUGUGUGGGGUGUGCGUGUAAGAGAAUGUGUGUGUAAGAGUGUGUGAGACAGUUGUGUGUGUGUGGGGGUCUUUCUCGGCCACCCCAGCCCAGCUGGGGCUUGAUAGCGUCCUGGUUCACAGCUCUACCACAGAGUCAACGGCUGCGGGAGGCGCGCGGGGGAGAACCAGGGGGUCAACCGCAGCUCCGCCCUCUCAAAGCGCUUUAAAAUGGCUCCGGGUAAUGCUGGUAGCGGCAGUCACAGCUUGAUUUAGGGCCGAAAACCCCCAAACUCCGUUGCCUAGGGAGCAGUAAGACCAUGAAAGACGGACUGCGCAUGCGGUUCAAAGACUCCGUUUCUCUCACCUCCUCCUCCCUUCCCAAGGCCCGGGAAAACUACAACCCCCAGAGAAGUUCGCGGCUCAGCGGGUCAGGAAGACAGGGCAAGUACGCCCCUUCCCAUUGGGUCAGGGGGGGAGUAGGCUACUGGCUACUGACCCGGCAAGAAGAGAAUCGCGGGCUCUGAUUGGCGGAGUGUGAAGGCUAGAGGUAGUCCCGGAAAUAGUGACCAGGUUGGAGAGAGGUGGGGACACCCACGUGGGGAUACCCGCGUGGAGAUUCCGGGGCCCCCCACAGUGCAGCCUUGGAGCUGAGCCCAAACUCGGACUUGAAGUCUGGUGGCCCGUACGCAGGUGUCAUGGAAGACGCCUUCAGCAGCCCCGCGGGGGCCGUGCUGCAGCGGGAAGCUGGGGCCCCGGGGCCCCUGACGCCCCCCACGGAGCUGGCUCACAAUUACGAGCUGGAGCGGGUGCAGGCCUUCGUGCGGGAGUGCGAAGCCAAGCGAGUUGCCCUGCAGUUCCCGGACGAUCUCCUCGGAGACAGCGUGGCUGUGGCCCGCGCCCUGGAGGAGUCGACGGGAGCCAAGAUGUUUGUUCUCGGGGACACGGCCUAUGGCAGCUGCUGUGUGGAUGUCCUUGGGGCUGAGCAAGCCGAAGCUGAGGCUCUCGUCCACUUUGGCCCUGCCUGCCUGAGCCGUCUUUCCCGGCCCUUGCCAGUCUUCUACGUCCUGGGUCAGCGUCCGGUGGCCCUGGAGCUGUGUGCAGAGGCCUUCAGAAACCUGCACCCGAACCCUGCCGAGCCUGUGGUGCUGCUGAGUGAGCCAGCCUGUGCCCACGCCCUGGAAGCCUUGGCAGCCCUUCUUUGCCCACAGUAUGAGGACCUCCUGGUCUCCCACCCAGCUCUGCCUGCUGCUGCCCCAGCCUGGGAGCAGCCACCACUGGAGCGCUUUGGCCGCUUUUUCCCUUUGAGCCCUGGGCGGCAGCUGGAGGACUACGGUGCCUUUUAUGUGGGCGGCUCAGAGAUCGGGGACGAUGACAGAGAUGAGGUGACCCCAGAUCUGCUCCAGCUGCUCCUGGGCUGGGCCCCUGACCGCCCCUUUUCCUCUUGCCUGCCAGGCUCUGGAAAAGCCAGGGCAGAGGGCCCUCGGGCGGUCCGAGCCAGAGCUCGGAGCCACUAUCUGGUGGAACGGGCACGAGAUGCCCAAGUGGUGGGCCUGCUGGCCGGUGCUCCAGGGGGAGCAGGGCACUGUGAGGCACUGGCCCACCUUCGGACACUGGUGAAGGCUGCUGGCAAGCGAGCCUAUGUCCUGUCUCUGGGCCGGCCCACCCCUGCCAAGCUGGCCAACUUUCCUGAGGUGGAUGUCUUCGUGCUACUGGCCUGUCCCUUGAGGGCUCUCGACCGACCCCGGAGUGGGGCCAGCAGAGGCUUCUUCCGACCACUGCUCACCCCCUAUGAGCUGGAGGCUGCCUGCAACCCCGCUCGGGGACCUCUAGGGCUGGAGCCCUACCUGACUCAGUGUUCUGACCUGCUGCUAGGCUCCCCAUUCCAUGUGCCAAUUCCACCCCCGGAUUCUGAGCUAUGGGAUAUGCCCGACAUGUCACUCAUCACUGGUGAGCUGCGCCCAACACAGGCCUCAGCCGCACCAGAUGUCCCUGAUGGCCCAGAAGCCUCGGCUCUGAGCCACCGAUCCCGGCUUGAGCUUGCUGAGAGCAGUCCAGCAGCUUUGUUCCUUGGUUCUCGGACUUGGCGGGGGUUGGAGCUUCAGCUAGGCCAGACGGCACCGAUGCGGGCAGUAGCUGGGAGACGAGGUGUGCCCAUUGCCUACGAGGAUGAGCCUGGCAGCUAAGGAACCCUCGUGUCAAGUCAGACUCCAAGACAAGGCCUCGGCACUGCUUAAGAAAGCAGAUCCCCAGGUGUAUCCUAGGUGCCAGCAGCCAGUCCAGCCUGGAGUAAGCACACUCAGGCCAGCCUGUUCUCCCCCUCUGCCCCCUGGGUCCCUUACUGAUGACUGAACACAAGAGGGAGGGAGAAAAGAGCACCAGCUGUGUAUACGGGCCUGGGCUAUAUGCCUUUACAGAUAGCUCAUGGCUCCUCACCACAACCCUGGGAGGGAGCUCCUCCUUUAUCUGCCAGGCACUUAGUAAGGUGGAGGAGAGGGAGGGGACAAAGACCAGACCCCCUGGGCAAUCAAAGCAGGCACACCCUCAGGAGUGUCCCCCCCAGAAGCUGCUGCAGUUCCCAUGAGCCUCCACCAGGCCCUCAGAGAUUCCUAGACUGCCCCCAGAUCUGAGCCCAGCUCUGACCAUUGGUCCUGGUCCCUUAGGAAAAGUCCCAGGACGUGAUCUGGCCUGACCUGGGGAAACCAGCAGGUUAGAUGGCAGGGCGAGGUGCCCAGAGCACAGAGAAUGCCUCUGCUGCUCAUUAAGGUUACCGGAGGGGCCAGCACUGCUCCUGGUAAAGGGGUGGAGGAGAGGAAGAUGCCAGCCCCCAGUGCCCUGUCACCUAGCCCCUGUCCGAAUCAAAGGAGCAGAUACAGGGGAUUGAGUUGGGGGAGAAGAGGAGGAAAGCCUGGGUCCAGGAGCCCAAGAGCAGGAACCUGUACCCAUUCUGCCAUUAGGUUGUAUUGACAGUCCCUGGGUAUAGCUGGCACUCCCCAUUUGGCUUUUCUCUAUCCCUUGCCCAUCCUGGGACUCCCUGCUCACAGGUUUCCAUUAGCAGAGCUCUCUGAGCUCACUGGUGACCCAUCUUUGGGGCUGAGAGCCCGGCAGCACCAUGUCCGCUGCUACAGCUUGAAAGGACAGCCCUGCCUGAGGCUGCAAGAGCCAGACCUUCCCCACCUACAGGGCUCACCAGCCUGCCCACCAUGGGGCAUCACACUGUGGCUAAACACCUCCCACAGCAGCACCGGAAGGCCCAGAUAUCUGACCUAGUAGAACCUUCUAGGACAGCUUCUGGGGCAUCCGUAAGAUGGAAUCCAGGCGUAACGGAAGAGGUGAUACGAUCUUAGACAUCCUUGCCAAAGGCCCAUUGAGGACAUCUUCAGAUGAGCCAGGUUCUUGUGCGUAAGCCUACUGUUGGAGAGGUGUUCCAUACCCAAGGCCUCAGUACAGAAGGAUACCUUGUUUGUUUGUUUUUUAAUUUAAAAUGUUAUUUCCCCCAAUUACAUCUAAAAACAGUUUUUACAAAUUCUUUAAUUAAAUAUUUCCCUAUUAUGUUUUAA